UCAAAAACUUUUCAGUCUCUCGGAAUCCGUUUUAACUCGAGGAUGGACACAAAGAAUUGGGCUCUAGUUUUUCUGUAUCUGCUGAGCUCCGGCUAUGUUGGAUCAGUCAUUGGUAAUUGCCAGCCCAAUCCUAAAUUGGAAUUAGUAAUCAACAAGUGCUUCGAGAACAUACGCGCUCAGCUAGCAGAUGAGACCUUCAACCUGCAAGACGAAAAUGCAGGCAAUUUUCAGAUGACCGGCGGGACUGUGACAGGGUUGAAUAACUGCAAAAUUAAUCCACCCCUCCGAUGUGUCUGUGACAAGAACCUAGUGCGCAUCUUCAUCAAUCUCAGCUUCAUUGAUGUGACGGUCAGUUUCCUCGUCACAUUACUGGACGACUUGCUUGGAGGUCUUUUAGGAAAUCUCGGCAGCAGCCUGGCCCGUCUUCUGGGUCAAGUCGUCAAUUUACUGGUCAAUCUGCUCGCCCUAGAAAUCAAUGUAGUAGUAACAGUAGAACAGAGGCUGAUUCCAGGGUCUACUUGUACGGUGACCGAUUUUCGAGUGACUAGGAUAUCUGAGAUUAAACUUCUGAAUUUAAAUCUAACCCAACUACUUUUGGGUCUCUUGGGUGACAUUCUAACACCUGUUGUUGACACACUUCUGCGAAAUCUUUUUCAGAGACAAAUAAGAGCCAUCAUCACAGCAGAAAUUCAGAAAAUCACAAUCACUCCAGAUAUGUUCACUUGUGGUUAGAUGAGAAAAUAAUAAAUCGUUUGCCAGUAUAAAAAUGAGAAA